GGGGAAGAGCAGCCUCAUCAACAGCCUCAAAAGGAGCCGGGCCUGCGGGGUGGGGGCGGUACCGGGGGUCACCAGGUGCCUACAGGCCGUCCAGCUGGACCGGCACAUCCAGCUCUUGGACUGUCCCGGUGUUGUCAUGGAAACGGGGGACCCCCCCACCGGCAUCGCCCCCCCCUUAAGGGGGGCCCUGGACCCCCAGCGCCUGAAAGACCCCCUGGGACCCGCCGCCGACAUCUUACGCCGCUGCCCCCCCGAGCAGCUGAAGGCACUUUACGGGGUACCCCCCUGCGCCGACCCCCGAGAAUUCCUGUCCCACCUGGCCCGGAAACAGGGACGGCUCCGGCCGGGGGGGCUGCCGGACCCACACGCCGCCGCCGUGGGGCUGCUGCGGGACUGGACCAG